GUAAAGGAUGUGAUGAAGGAUGUGAUGGCAGACUUACAGCAGACCAACAGCGAGAAGAUUCUGUUGAGCUGGGUCAGACAGUCCACUAAGAACUACAAACAGGUCAAUGUGGUGAACUUUACCAGCAGCUGGGAAGAUGGUCUCGCUUUCAAUGCUCUCAUCCAUAGCCACAGGCCGGAGUUAUUUGAUUGGAAUGUUGUGGAACAGAAACAUAAAGCCAUUGAGAAGCUGGAUCAUGCCUUCACCAUCGCUGAAAAACACCUGGGCAUCGAAAGAUUGCUUGACCCAGAAGAUGUGGCCACAGCACAUCCUGAUAAGAAGUCCAUUAUCAUGUAUGUCACCUCCUUGUUCCAAGUCCUGCCUCACGGUGUGAGUAUGGAGGCUAUCCAAGAGGUGGAGACUCUUCCCAGAGCUCUCAUAACAAAAGAGGAACGUUUCCAUGUCCAAAGCACCCAGCAACGCUACUCUCAGCAGAUCACGGUCAGUGUGGCUCAGAGUUCUGUCCGCAGUUCCUCCCCAUCUCUAAAGCCUCGUUACAAAAGCUAUGCCUUCACUCAGGCGGCAUACGUCAAGUCGUCGGAGCAAAAGAGGAGGCUACUCACCUCACAGUCUCCAGACAAGCCGGAGGAACUACGGUCAUCACUAAGCCCCUUACCACAGGGCUCUUCCCAGCUGGAAAGCUACCAGAGUGCACUGGAGGAAGUACUUACCUGGCUGCUUUCUGCAGAAGAUGGGCUUCAGGGCCAACCGCCCAUUUCCAGUCAUGUGGAGGAAGUCAAGGAGCAGUUUCACACCCAUGAGGGCUACAUGGUUGAGUUGACGUCUCACCAGGGUAGCGUGGGAAGAGUGCUAAAGACAGGGAGUGUGCUUUUAGCUGGAGGCCUUCUGACUGAGGAUGAGGAGAGUGAAGUGCGUGAGCAGAUGAAUUUACUCAACUCUCGCUGGGAGCACCUGCGAGUGGCCAGCAUGGAAAGACAAAGCAGGCUUCAUGAAGUCCUGAUGGAUCUGCAGAACCAGCAGCUCAAGCAGCUCAAUGAUUGGCUGGACGUCACAGAAGCUCGCAUCAAACGCAUGAGUGACCAAUCACUGGGGCCUGACCUUGAGGACAUCAAACACCAAGUUGAGGAGCACAAACUCUUACAAGAGGAUUUGGAGCUGGAGCAGGUGCGGGUGAACUCUCUGACUCACAUGGUCGUAGUGGUGGAUGAGAGCAGUGGUGAUAAUGCCACCACAGCUUUGGAAGAGAAACUACAGUACCUCGGAGAAAGAUGGGCAGCAAUCUGCAAAUGGACAGAGGAACGCUGGGUUCUGCUUCAAGAGAUUCUUCUGAGUUGGCAGCAUUUUAUUGAAGAACAGCGUUUAUUUGACUCCUGGCUGACACAGAAGGAGGAAUUUGUUCAGACCAUCCAAAGCAGUGGUUUCAAGGACCAAAGUGAAGUAGCAAACAGCCUCAGGAAGUUAGCAAUUUUAAAAGGAGAGCUAGAUGUGAAGAGGCAAACCAUGGACAGGCUGUGCUCCCUUAGUCAAGACUUAUUGUCCAACAUAAAGAACAAGGAAGCAGCCAGAAGACUGGAGUCACAGCUUGAGAAGUUUGCCCAGCGCUGGGACAAGCUGGUCCAGUCUCUUCAGCGGUGUAACACUCAGUUUUCAUCAACAGUCACCACAUCCCAAACUGAAUUGACAAAGACAACCAUGGCAACUGUAACCAAGGUGACCACGCACCAAAAAAUGGUGAAGCAUUCGAAGGAGGGUUUGUCCACUCCUCCACCUCAAAAGAAGAGACAGAUUGUUGUUGAUUCUGAGCUUCGCAAACGGUUUGAUGUGGACUUCACUGAGAUCCAUAGCUUCAUGACUCGUUCAGAAGCCAUCCUGCAAAGCCCAGAGUUUUCUGUCUCACGGAAAGAGGGCAGCGUAGCUGACCUCUAUGACAAAGUGCUGGCGAUAGAUAAAGAAAAACCAGAGAAGUAUCGUAAGCUGCAGGAAGCCACACGUUCCGCCCAGGCUCUGGUGGACCAGCUGACUAGUGAUGGCGUGAAUUCGGACGACAUCCAGCAGGCAGCACAGCAGAUGAAUUCCCGGUGGGUUGAAUUCUGUGCUCUGCUGGCCGAGAGGCUCUCAUGGCUGGCCUACCAGACCAAGGUACUGGCCUUCUACUGUCUCUUCCAGCAGCUGGAGCAGGCGGUAGCCACCGCAGAGAACUGGCUCAAAGUUCAGCAGCCCCCGGCAUCCGAGCUGGAGCCGCUCAGGGCUCAACUAGAGCGUUGCAGGGAUGAAAUUGCCCGUCUCUCUGCUCUUCAACCACAACUGGAGCAACUACAUGAGCAGCUGAGGGAGUUGAGGGAGAAGGAGGCUACGCCUGAACUCUUUGAUGCUGACAUUACUGCCUUCACAGAGCACUAUAACCAGGUCCUGGAAGACCUGCGGGCCAGGGAGAGGCAGCUUCAGCUGGUCCAGGAUUGCCUCCCUCCAGCGCGCUAUAAGGAAACGAUAUCGGCACUCCUGGCCUGGCUGCAGAGAGCUGAAGCCAAAUUGUCUGUGCCUUCUACAGCCGUCACAGAGUACCCAAUCAUGGAACAGAGACUACAAGUCAUCAAGGACCUUCAAGCAGAGAAGCAAGAGCACCAGAGUGAGGUGGACUACAUGGUAAAAACGGCAGAGCAAGUGUUGCAGAAAGCACCGGCCGAGAUUGGUCAGAAGUACCGAACUGAGAUGGAGAACAUCAUGGCACGCUGGAGACGCCUUUCUGACCAGCUGGAGGAACACACCCAGAAACUACAGGAGCUCAUGGCUAAACUACAGCAGUUCCAGAAUGAUACCAAGACUCUUCAGAAGUGGAUGGCAGAAGUUGAUGUCUUCCUGAAUGAGGAAUGGCCAGCACUGGGGGACUCUGAAGCAUUGGAGAAACAACUGGAACAGUGCACGGCACUGGUGAAUGACAUUCAUACGGUCCAACCAAGUCUGAAUGGAAUCAACGAAGUCGGCCAGGCCUUGAAGAGGGAGGCGGAGCCACCCUUUGCGAUUAAGAUUCAGCAAAUGCUUGAUGAGCUCAAUGCGCAGUGGGAAAACAUUUGCAAGCAGGCUUACGCUAAAAAAUCCGCCCUGAAGGGUGGACUGGACAAAACGAUAAGCUUGAGGAAGGAGAUGCAGGAGAUGCAGGAAUGGAUUACGCAAGCAGAGGAGGAGUACCUUGAGCGAGAUUUUCAGUACAAAACCCCUGAGGAACUCCAUAAGGGUUUGGAGGAGCUGAAGAGAGCUCAGGAGGAGGUCCAUCAAAAGGAAACUAAGGUGAAACUCUUGACUGACGCAGUGAACAGUUUUAUCUCCAAGGCCCCGCCCGCGGCUCACGAUGCCUUGAAGGCAGAGCUGGAUGUUUUGACCAAUAACUACCAGCGUCUCUGCAGUCGCCUUGAUGGGAAGUGUAAGACACUGGAGGAGGUGUGGGCCUGCUGGUGUGAACUGCUGUCGUAUCUGGAACAGGAGAACGGCUGGAUGGAUCUCCUCGAAAAGAAACUCGACGAAACAGAGAACUUGCAAGGAGGAAUCGAGGAGAUUUCCGAGGCUCUGACAUCCAUAGAGACCAUGAUAAGAGAGCAUCCUGAGUACAAUCGGAACCAAAUCCGGGAACUGGCACAGACCUUAAUGGAUGGCAGAGUCCUGGAUGAGCUGAUCCAUAAAAAGGUGGAGGACUACAACACCCGCUGGGAUGAACUGAUGCAAAGGGCCUUGCAGAGACGGCAGCAGCUGGAGAAGAAUUUACAGUGGGCCAGGGAAAACGACAGAACCCUCCAACUCAUCAUGGAGUCCCUCAAUACCACUGACAGACACUUGACUGCUUACCUAGCCGACAACAUUGAUGCAGCACAAAUACCUCAGGAAGCGCAGAAAAUUCAAACGGAAUUGAACGGCCAUGAGGUGACCCUGAAUGAUAUGAAGAAGAAGAGUAAAGACAUGGACACAUCAGAAAGAGCACAAGCCCAGAUUGAUGCUACAUGUAAUAAACUUCAGGAGGUGAAAGUGAAGUUCAGACUUUUCCAGAAGCCAGCUAACUUUGACCAGCGUUUGAAGGAUUGUGAAAGUGUACUUGAAGAGGUGAAAAAACAGCUGGGAGUUUUAAGCAUUCGCAGUGUGGAACAGGAAGUUGUACAGUCACAGUUGGAACAAUGUAUGAAGUUGUAUAAAACUCUCAGUGAGGUGAAAUCUGAGGUGGAGACGGUAAUAAAGACAGGACGACAGAUUGUUCAGAGGCAGCAGACUGAGCAGCCUAAGGAGCUGGAUGACAGAUUGACGGCACUCAAACUCUUAUACAAUGAUUUAGGUGCACAGGUAACUGAGGGAAAGCAAGAGCUGGAGAAGAUACUGAAGUUGUUGAGGAAAUUGCGUAAGGAGCUGAACAGCCUGACAGAGUGGUUGGCAGCGACAGACGGAGAGCUGACACGCCGGUCGGCAGUGGAGGGGAUGCCAAGUGAUUUGGAGGCGGAGCUGGCAUGGGCAAAGGCCACACAGGAGGACACAGAGAAGCACAAACCUCAGCUGCAGGGGGUGACGGAGCUGGCGGAGAUGUUGAAGACGGUGCUCCGUGGGCAGGAGAGCCUGAUCGAUGACAAAGUCAGCCUGUUGAACUGUAACUGGAUCGCCGUGACGUCACGGAGUGAGCAGUGGUUGAAUCUGCUGCUGGAUUACCAGCGUCAAAUGGAAAUGCUAGAUGAGAACAUUGGUCAGAUCAAUACCUGGAUGAAUCGAGCUGAGACGUUGUUGGAUAAGUCUGAAAGCCAAGGAGGCAUGGACAAUGUCAUUCAGGGCUUGCGGGUGGAGCUGGAGGAUAUGAAAGGAAAAGUGGCAGCAGUGAACGGCCUGGGUGAAGACCUCAUUAAGAACAGAGGAGAGCAUUGCAAAGCCCAGGUCCAGCCCAAACUGGAGCAGCUCAACCGGCACUUUGACACUAUCACCAAAAGGAUUCUGUAUGGACCUCAGGCCACUGAUCAGGAGUUAGAUGAGUACCACAGGGAGGCUGCUGUGAGGAUUGAGCUGCUGGAAGAAGAGAUAAAAGCUGGAGAUGAACUAAAGGAAGAAGACUUCAGUGAGGAGCCGUAUUCUGAUGAGGCGGCUGUUAACGAGCUGUUAACGAAAGGAGAGAAACUGCAGAAGAGGGCUCCAGAUGAGGAAAAGAGGGAGGCAGUCCGCGAGAGACAUAAUCAAGUCAGAGACAAAUACAACAUUGUAAAGGAACUGAGGGCUCUCCGCAGGAAGAAAGCAUUGGGCAUUACCACUCAGUGGCACCAGUUCUGUAAGAAGUCAGAUGCCCAGCUCCAGUGGCUGGACAGCAUUGAGAAAACUGUGAGUGAGCUUCCCGAUCCACCUGAGGAGUCCAAACUGAAGGAGAUUAACUCUGAAUUGGGGCAGAAGAAAGUGGAACUGGGUGAAGUGAAAGCCUUGGGCCAGAAACUAUCAGACGCUGGCGCUGCCAAGUUGGUGGAACCUCGUCUUUCCCUGCUCAACAAACGCUGGGAGGGGCUGGACUUCAAAUUUGCUACUGUACGACAAAGAAGCGAACUACAAGCACUACUGAACUCCAUAGCUGAGACGGAGUCUCUGCUUAACUCACCUGAGUGUUGGUCUCAGACGAUUGGCACUUUACCCCAACAAAAUAAGUGCCUUAAGGAGGUGAAGUUGAACUUGGAGAAGCUGGAGACUCCAGUGAAAAAUGCACUAGAUUCUAGUAAAGCCUCUGCUCAAGAGAUUCCACUGAUCCAACUGCUAAGCACAAACUGGGAAAACGUUAACAAGCUAUAUCGUGACAGAUUGUCACAACAUGAUAAAUGUCAGAAGUACGUUGAUGAAACAAAGGCCUUUGAUGAUUGGCUGACUGAUGCAGAGAGAACAUUGGAGAAGGCGGAACAAGACCCUGUUCAUACCAAAGAACACAUCAAGGAGCUGCAGGACGGCCUGGGCAGGCAGGAGGCUGCUUUGAGUGGCCUGAGCAAACUGGGGGAGGAGAUCUCCAGGCAGAGCAGUAAAGAGGAAGGAGAUCAGAUCCAACAGCAGCUCAGCUCCCUCAAAAGCCGCUGGGCCAAAGUAUUUGAUCUGCUGACAGAGAUGAAGAGAAGAUCAGAGAAGGCACAGAUUGCAGUCUCUGAACUUAAUGAGGGCUUUGGGGAGUUCCAGUCAUGGCUGGAUGAAGCAGAGAACGUCGCUUCUGUAACAGUACAACCCGGACAUCGGGAGCAGCUUCAGACAGCACUGGGAAAAGUGCAGGCAAAAGUAGCAGAGUUGCCAAGCAGGAAGAAUACUCUAGAUGAACUCAACAAAAAAACCUCAUCAAUCCCUGCUGAUAAAGUCAAACCACUGGAGAGCAAUAUAAAGAUAAUCAACAUGCGAUGGGCCAAGGUGUCCACAGAUCUCCCUGCGAAGCAACAGGAGAUUGAAGCUCUCCUGAAGCAGAUGGAACAGUAUUGGGAAACGCUCUCCAAGCUCUCCAGCUGGGCCUCCAACACCAAGACUCAGUUAGAGCAGUCUCCUGAUGCAGUGGAUCCUAAGGUUGAAGAGGAUGUCAAGGAAAAACAACCAGAUGUACAAGCAGUGUUAGCUAAAGAGCAACCCCCUUGUCAACCAGAGAAAGGGCAGUAUGACACUCUUAGUGCCGACUGGAUUGCCAUUCAAAUACUGCUGAGGGAGUGGAAAGAAAAGUCCAUCGCUGUAGCUACUGAGACUUUGACUGGCAGUGCACCUGGAGAUGAAGCUGCCUUGGCUCAGUUUAACAAAUCCCGGGGAGAACUCAAUGAUUGGCUGUCCCUCCUGGAUCAGAUGGUUCAGACACAGAGAGUGACAGUAGGAGACCUUGAUGAAAUCAAUGACAUGAUUGUCAAGCUGAAGGGUGCCCUGCAAGAAAUGGACCAGAAAUAUCCUCAGCUGCAAAGUCAGAUCACUGCCGCUCAGAAUCUUAAGAAUAAAACCAACAACCCAGACACCCGUGCAGUCAUCACCGACAGCAUUGAAAAGUUACAGAAUCACUGGGAAGAAUCUCACACUAAGUUGACGGACAGGGUUCUUCAGCUGCAGAACAUGCUACAAGAUUCGAGUGAUUGGCUUGAGGCCAGAAAGAAGGUGGAACCCCUGUUCAAAAAAGCCAAUGAAAAACUGGAAGGCUGGAAAGGAAUCUCCUACACCGUGGAUGAUCUGAAAGAACAAAAUGCCGCUGCCAAGCAAUUGGCUAAGGACAUACAGCAGUGGCAAACACAAAUUGAUGUGACCAAUGAACUGGCCAACAAACUACUCACCCUCUAUUCUGAUGAUGAUACACACAAGGUCAGACAGCUAACCGAGAGUAUGAACGCUGCCUGGGCUAAUAUCAACAAACGUCUUGGGGACAGAAAGUCCGACCUGGAGGGAGGAUUGCAGCUCUUACAGCAGUUCUAUCUGGACCUUGAGAAGUUCUUAAACUGGCUGACAGAGGCUGAGACCACGGCAAACGUUUUACAGGACGCCACCUACAAGGAAAGACUCCUGGAGGACCCAGAUGCCGUGCAGCACAUAGUGGAGCAGUGGAAGGAUCUCCAGAUGGAGAUUGAUGGCCAUACUGAGCUUUACCACUCACUAGAUGAGAAUGGCCAGCGUAUCCUGUGCUCUCUGGGCGAAUCGGAAGACGCCGCGCUGCUCCAGAAACGCCUUGACAACAUGGGACAGAGGUGGCAUGAACUGCGCAACAAAGUUAUCAGCAUGAGGCCUUACCUGGAUGCUAACAUGGAGCAGUGGAAACACAUGCACAUGUCCCUGCAGGAGAUAUUAACUUGGCUGCAGCUAAAAAGAGAGGAGCUGGACCAGCAGGCACCAGUUGGGGGCGAUGUACCGACUGUGCAUCAACAGCUCAUCACACACAAGGGUUUCAGAAGAGAACUGAGCGCUAAAGAGCCGGUCAUCACUCGGGCGCUUGACUCCGUGAAAACCUUCAUUUCUCAGCUUCCCCGUGAAGACAGAAAACAGCCCCUGGAGCAGAAAGAUACCAGUCCUGCAGAGAGAGGUCAGAAUGUGGGGAAAAUAUUGCGUAAGGAAGCGGAGGAUGUGUCCGCGGGCUGGCAGGGGCUUAGCGGAGCUGCGGUAGAUUGGCAGCGACAGCUGGAGUUGGCCCUGGAGCGGCUGAUGGAGCUUCAGGAGGCAGAGGACCAGUUGGAAUUAAAACUUCGGCAGGCUGAGAUGGUGAAGGACUCCUGGGAGCCAGUGGGCGACCUGCUUAUCGACUCUCUGCAAGAGCACAUAGACAGAGUCAAAGCCUUCCAGGAGGAGAUUGCUCCAAUACAAGAUGAUGUGAAUCAUGUUAACAAACUGGCCUCCACUUUUGGUCCUGGAGACAUUCAGCUCUCACCAUCAAACCUCAACCGGCUGGAUGACCUCAACAUGCGCUGGAGGCUUUUACAGAUCUCGACUGAAGAGCAUUUGACUCAGCUCACUGAUGCUCACAGAGACCUGGGACCCCAGACUAAACAUUUUGUGUGCCCAUCUGUAGACCCUCCUUAUGAAAGGUCAGUCUCACCAAACAAUGUCCCCUACUACAUCAACCAUCAGACCCAGACGACAUGUUGGGACCACCCAAAAAUGGCAGAACUCUAUCAGUCUCUAGCGGACCUUAAUAACGUCCGGUUCUCUGCGUACAGGACGGCUAUGAAGCUCAGGAGAUUGCAGAAGGCUCUGUGCUUGGACCUCCUGAGCAUGUCGGCGGCGUGCGAGGCCUUUGAGCAGCACAACCUGAAACAGAACGAGCAGUUCAUGGACACCAUGCAGCUCAUCAACUGCCUGACCAGCAUUUACGACCGGCUGUCCCAGCAGAACAGCAACCUGGUCAACGUGCCCCUGUGCGUGGACAUGUGCCUAAACUGGCUACUCAACGUUUACGACACGGGCCGAGCUGGAAAGAUUAGGACGUUAUCUUUUAAAACGGGCAUCAUUUCGCUCUGUAAAGCUCACCUUGAAGACAAGUACAGAUAUCUGUUCAGACAGGUGGCCUCCGCCACGGGUUUCUGUGACCAACGGCGUCUCGGCCUUCUACUCCACGAUUCCAUCCAGAUUCCCAGGCAGCUUGGAGAGGUGGCUUCCUUUGGAGGGAGCAACAUUGAGCCCAGUGUACGCAGCUGCUUCCAGUUUGCCAAUAACAAGCCAGAGCUGGAGGCUGCCGUCUUCCUGGACUGGAUGCGAUUGGAGCCUCAGUCCAUGGUGUGGCUUCCCGUCCUGCAUCGUGUGGCAGCCGCCGAGACGGCUAAGCAUCAGGCCAAAUGCAACAUCUGCAAAGAAUGUCCCAUCAUUGGCUUCAGAUACAGAAGCUUAAAGCACUUUAACUAUGACAUCUGCCAAAGCUGCUUUUUCUCUGGAAGAGUCGCAAAGGGUCACAAGAUGCAGUAUCCCAUGGUUGAAUACUGCACACCGACGACCUCAGGAGAGGACGUUAGGGACUUUGCCAAGGUGCUGAAGAACAAAUUCAGGACGAAACGUUACUUUGCCAAGCACCCUCGCAUGGGCUACCUCCCUGUGCAGACCAUUCUGGAAGGAGACAACAUGGAAACUCCGGUCACACUGAUCAACUUCUGGCCUGUAGACCAUGCGCCGGCAUCUUCCCCACAACUCUCCCAUGACGACACCCAUUCACGCAUUGAGCAUUAUGCUAGCAGGCUAGCUGAAAUGGAGAACCGAAAUGGCUCUUAUGUGAAUGAGAAUAUCUCACCCAAUGAGAGCAUGGACGAUGAACAUCUUCUGAUCCAGCAUUACUGUCGCAGUCUGAAUCAAGGUUCUCCCCAAAGCCAACCUCAGAGUCCUGCCCAGAUCCUCAUAUCCAUGGAAACCGAUGAGAAAGGAGAACUGGAGCAAGUCCUCAAUGAUCUGGAGCAGGAGAACAGGAAGCUGCAGGCGGAGUAUGAUCGACUAAAGAAGGCCCACGAUCACAAGGGCCUGUCCCCACUGCCGUCACCCCCGCAGAUGCUGCCCGCGUCUCCGCAGAGCCCCCGAGACGCCGAGCUGAUCGCAGAGGCCAAACUACUGAGACAGCACAAGGGUCGACUGGAGGCGCGCAUGCAGAUUCUGGAAGAUCACAACAAACAGCUCGAGUCCCAGUUAAAACGGCUUAGACAGCUGCUGGAACAGCCACAGACUGAAACAAAGCUGAAUGGUACAACCCUGUCAUCUCCCUCCACCUCAUCUCAGCGAUCCGAUUCCAGCCUGCCCUCAGUGCGCGUAGCCGCCAGCCAAACCACAGAGACCAUGGGUGACGAUGAGUUAUCAAGUCCCUCCCAAGAUGCAAGCGCUGGACUAGAAGAAGUCAUUGAGCAGCUGAACAACUCCUUCCCUAACAGCCAGGGACCCUGUGUUGGCAGUCUAUUCCAUAUGGUGGACAACCUGGGCCAUGCUGUGGAGUCUUUGGUUAGUGUCAUGACAGAGGAGCAGAGUCAAGAGUAG